UUAUGCUGAUUUUAGGGUUUUCCCCUUAAAACUAAACCCAAUGGAAUUUUCCAUAUUUUUCAUUACUCAUUGUCAUUAGCAACAAGUAAACUUUCAUUUGAUUUACGAUGUCUUCUGCAAAUCCAUCUUCUUCCUCAAACAAAGAAACAAUAAUUUUCGAAGACAAUGAGCAUGCAACAAAUAUUACUGAAAAAUUAAAGAUUUUCUAUGAUGAAGACAAAUUCUUCGAUGUUGUUAUCUUGGCUGGUCAAGAUUCCAUCAAAAUUCGAGCUCAUAAAAUGAUCUUGUCAGUUUUUAGUGAGUAUUUUUUGGAAAUAUUUCAAAACAUCCCAAACACUUCAAAGAUCAACGAAGUAAAUAUGAAAGAAAUCGAAUCUUCGGCUCUUAAAUUGAUUAUCAAUUACAUGUAUUCGGGCUCGAUUGAACUGAAUCUGGAAAAGAUUGAGACUAUUUUGCGAGGUGCAGUUUUUCUUAAAAUGAAACAUUUAGUUGAUGGGUGUUGUGAUUUUCUGGACAAACAUUUGAGUAAAGAUAAUUGUUUGCAUUGGCUACGAUUGGCAAACGAACUGGGUUUAUCUGGAAUUAAACCAAAAUCUUCCGAAUUAAUUUACUCGCAUUUUAAAGAAGUAACUGAAGGAACUGAGUUUUUGCUUCUGAAUGAAACUGAACUCAAAGAUAUUUUAUUUAAAAACAAUUCUUAUAAAGACUUGGAGGAGCAAGUGUUUCUGAGUUUGGUGGCAUGGAUUGAAUAUGACAAAGCUAAGCGACAACACUUUUUCUUUGAAUUGCUCUCGUUGGUUCGCUAUUAUUUUCUUACGCCAAGAUUUAUCAUGGAAAACAUCAAUUAUGUUUGUGUUAAUUUUGAAAACUGUCAAUUAAUUCUUCAUUGGCUUCGAUUCCAUUUGUUGCCUGAGUCUAGGACAGAUGAAGAGAAAAAAAUUACUUUUGUUUCUGAGACAAGCAAUGAACUUAAUUUAGGCUCACAGUCACAAGAUGAAGAGAUAAAAAAUACGUUUGUUUCUGAGACAAGCAAUGAACUUAAUUUAAGCUCACAGUCACAAGAUGAAGAGAUAAAAAAUACGUUUGUUUCUGAGACAAGCAAUGAACUUAAUUUAAGCUCACAGUCACAAGAUGAAGAGAAAAAAAAUACUUUUGUUUCUGAGACAAGCAAUGAACUUAAUUUAAGCUCACAGUCACAAGAUGAAGAGAUAAAAAAUACGUUUGUUUCUGAGACAAGCAAUGAACUUAAUUUAAGCUCACAGUCACAAGAUGAAGAGAAAAAAAAUACUUUUGUUUCUGAGACAAGCAAUGAACUUAAUUUAAGCUCACAGUCACAAGAUGAAGAGAAAAAAAAUACUUUUGUUUCUGAGACAAGCAAUCAACUUAAUUUAAGCUCACAGUCACAAGAUGAAGAGAAAAAAAAUACUUUUGUUUCUGAGACAAGCAAUCAACUUAAUUUAAGCUCACAGUCACAAGAUGAAGAGAAAAAAAAUACUUUUGUUUCUGAGACAAGCAAUGAACUUAAUUUAAGCUCACAGUCACAAGAUGAAGAGAUAAAAAAUACGUUUGUUUCUGAGACAAGCAAUGAACUUAAUUUAAGCUCACAGUCACAAGAUGAAGAGAUAAAAAAUACGUUCGUUUCUGAGACAAGCAAUGAACUUAAUUUAAGCUCACAGUCACAAGAUGAAGAGAAAAAAAAUACUUUUGUUUCUGAGACAAGCAAUGAACUUAAUUUAAGCUCACAGUCACAAGAUGAAGAGAUAAAAAAUACGUUUGUUUCUGAGACAAGCAAUGAACUUAAUUUAAGCUCACAGUCACAAGAUGAAGAGAAAAAAAAUACUUUUGUUUCUGAGACAAGCAAUGAACUUAAUUUAAGCUCACAGUCACAAGAUGAAGAGAUAAAAAAUACGUUUGUUUCUGAGACAAGCAAUGAACUUAAUUUAAGCUCACAGUCACAAGAUGAAGAGAAAAAAAAUACUUUUGUUUCUGAGACAAGCAAUGAACUUAAUUUAAGCUCACAGUCACAAGAUGAAGAGAAAAAAAAUACUUUUGUUUCUGAGACAAGCAAUGAACUUAAUUUAAGCUCACAGUCACAAGAUGAAGAGAUAAAAAAUACGUUUGUUUCUGAGACAAGCAAUGAACUUAAUUUAAGCUCACAGUCACAAGAUGAAGAGAAAAAAAAUACUUUUGUUUCUGAGACAAGCAAUGAACUUAAUUUAAGCUCACAGUCACAAGAUGAAGAGAAAAAAAAUACUUUUGUUUCUGAGACAAGCAAUCAACUUAAUUUAAGCUCACAGUCACAAGAUGAAGAGAAAAAAAAUACUUUUGUUUCUGAGACAAGCAAUCAACUUAAUUUAAGCUCACAGUCACAAGAUGAAGAGAAAAAAAAUACUUUUGUUUCUGAGACAAGCAAUGAACUUAAUUUAAGCUCACAGUCACAAGAUGAAGAGAAAAAAAAUACUUUUGUUUCUGAGACAAGCAAUGAACUUAAUUUAAGCUCACAGUCACAAGAUGAAGAGAAAAAAAAUACUUUUGUUUCUGAGACAAGCAAUCAACUUAAUUUAAGCUCACAGUCACAAGAUGAAGAGAAAAAAAAUACUUUUGUUUCUGAGACAAGCAAUGAACUUAAUUUAAGCUCACAGUCACAAGAUGAAGAGAUAAAAAAUACGUUUGUUUCUGAGACAAGCAAUGAACUUAAUUUAAGCUCACAGUCACAAGAUGAAGAGAUAAAAAAUACGUUUGUUUCUGAGACAAGCAAUGAACUUAAUUUAAGCUCACAGUCACAAGAUGAAGAGAAAAAAAAUACUUUUGUUUCUGAGACAAGCAAUGAACUUAAUUUAAGCUCACAGUCACAAGAUGAAGAGAUAAAAAAUACGUUUGUUUCUGAGACAAGCAAUGAACUUAAUUUAAGCUCACAGUCACAAGAUGAAGAGAAAAAAAAUACUUUUGUUUCUGAGACAAGCAAUGAACUUAAUUUAAGCUCACAGUCACAAGAUGAAGAGAAAAAAAAUACUUUUGUUUCUGAGACAAGCAAUCAACUUAAUUUAAGCUCACAGUCACAAGAUGAAGAGAAAAAAAAUACUUUUGUUUCUGAGACAAGCAAUGAACUUAAUUUAAGCUCACAGUCACAAGAUGAAGAGAAAAAAAAUACUUUUGUUUCUGAGACAAGCAAUGAAUUUAAUUUAAACUCACAGUCACAAGUCGGUGAUUUUGCAGUUAUUGAUAUAAACGCAGAUGAUGAAGUUGAAAUACGAAGCUACAAUCAAACAUCAAAGAAAUGGGUUUUGGAAAAACGAUCACUUCCUGAAUUACGUCUUCAAGCUAAAAUUAUAAAUUACACUGGACAUUUAUGUAUCUUUGGUGGUUAUUAUGACAUUGCUUGUACAAGAUUUGCUUGUAAUACACAAAAGCUGUUCAAUUUCUCAACAGAAAAACAGACUCCCUUGAAACCACUCCUUAAACCAGAUGCAAGACAAAGAAUUGUUGGUCAUAACGUGAAAUCAAAAACUUCAUACCCCGGCUCGUCUUUGACUGCAGCACAAAAUAUCAUUUCGCCAACACCAAAUACAUUGACCCCAUCUCCUGCAGCAACUCCUUCUUCUUUGGAAGCAAAUAAUGUCUCUGAAAACUUAACGACAGAAAUUUCUCAAACAGACAACGAAAGGUGUCCACCAAACAAUUCAAAAUCCGCUAACAAAAUCCGGGAAGCAUUAUAUGAAGAGAGUCGAGAAGCUAUAAGAAAAAUAGUUGAAAGUGUUUCACAACCAAAAUCGCAGUCGGUAUCUGAACCAGAAGACAUGAGAACAAACCACUUCAAAAUCUUUGAUUACAUGGCUAAAGAAGCGGUUGAGAUGGACCCUAUCGUAAAAACACAAUUUAUAAAAAAAGUGUUAGAUAUCUUCUGGGAGUUUAAGUUGAAAUAG